AUGUCUUUCGAUACGCCUGUUCCGCCGUACAAUGCAUCUGACCCUCACGCGAGAUUCCUUAGUGCGUCAUGCCUCGAUUUACUCCUGAUAGAGCUCGUGCCCAUGGCCGAAAGGAUAGCAGAGGAACUCUCAACCCCUGGUGACAAAAUGGAGGAAGAGGAGCUACGGGAAGCGACGUUCUACCGUCUGGAGUCGCUAGGGUAUAGAGUGGGACAGGGACUUGCAGAAAGGUUCUCUCGAGAUCGACCCCGCUUUACAGAUAACCUCGACGUAAUUAAGUUCCUUUGCAAAGACCUCUGGACAAUAUUGUUUAGAAAGCAAGUCGAUAAUUUGAAAACAAAUCACAGGGGUGUCUACGUGUUGACGGACAAUUCGUUUCGACCUUUCACAAGGAUGAGUAUGGCGUUCUUGUGGUUCCCAUGCGGUGUCAUCCGUGGAGCUCUGGCAAACCUGGGCAUCAAUGCUACUGUCCAAGCGGAGACAUCUGAUCUACCGGGAGCGACGUUUCAAAUAAAGGCGACUCAGGCAAAGUCUUGA